AUGGCUUCAUCCUCGAUAGUACCAAUGCCAGCUGCUUCCGCACUGAUAGUCGGGCACAAGCCGUCUAAGCCGGCAAAGUGGCCGACGGGCGAUUUCGCUGCGCGCAAGACCCUCAACAAUGUGACGGUCAUGAUCAAAUGGCACUUGCUUGGAAAGAUUGAGGCCGAUGAGAUCAUAUCGAGGCGUCCUGUUCCUGCACGACCUCGCAGCAAGCACUGGUGCCGCGGAAUUCCAUCCCCCGAUACACUCCCGACCACCAAUGUGCAUGAGAGUAGCAGGGCAAAGAUCGACGAUUUCCAUCGACAAAACCUCAAGGCACGUCUAGCAUCCCCUGGUGUCGCAACGACCCUUGCAGCAGAUGCGACAGUUCCUACACUACCACUCCAACCUCCCCAUCAUCUAUCGAAAGGCCAUUUUCGACCAACACACCGCUCUGCCCCUUCAGAGGAUGCUGAGUUCAUAUUCCUCCACUCGACGCCCUGCACCAUCAAUGUUCCGACGUUCAGUCAUGGCCGCAUUCGAAUCCCCAAGCCCGAGUCUAUACUUUGUGCAGACAUCAUGCCUGAUAAGACUCUAGACUGGACGGCCUUUCAAGUCGCCAUCCUUGGCGGAGCAGGCGAUCUCGUCUCAGGCGGCUCAGACCUCACGCGCCGCACCGAUGAUGAUGAGUUUGAUGACAUCACAGCCUGGUUCGACGACUUCGGCUUCGAGUCGGCUGGCAGAUUCGUGCGCGCCAGACAGUCCGCUCCAGCCGGGCUGGCGAAUAUGGUGCACUCCAGCGCGAGAACUACUGGGAUCAGCUCUGCCCCCCCAUAUGCCACCUGCCCGGACCUGGAACUUUCUAUUCCGGUGGCGAGGGACUUGCAGCGCGGGUUUGUCGACGAGGAAGCCGCCGGCUCGCCGACGCUGUUAAGGGACCAGCCCGGUUGCCAGGUACGAUCGUCGAUGUCAAUGAGACGGUCGGAGACGGAUUGCAGCAGCGACCGUGACAGCGAGAUGUGGAGCCCGCCGCAGAGUCCCAUGAUAGAUCUCACAUUCUUGGGCCAUGGCGACCACCAAGACUUCGUUCUAAUGGGUUACAAUCUUGGGCAUGAUCUCAACGACUUUCUGAGGUGGGAAUCACAUCAAACAUGCGGGUGGAGAUAG